CCCUGUUUGGAAAAAAAUUUUUUCUUCCAUUCAAAUGUGAAGCGAAAAAUUUAUUGCCAUAUCUUGGACCCAACAAAAUGAGAGAUUGUUUCUGUACUAUAAACUUGGACCAGGAAGAAGUUUAUCGUACCCAAGUUGUUGAAAAAUCUUUAAGCCCAUUUUUUAGUGAAGAAUUUUACUUUGAAAUUCCAAGGACUUUCCAGUAUUUGUCUUUCUAUGUUUAUGAUAAGAAUGUUUUACAAAGAGACCUUCGUAUAGGAAAAGUAGCCAUCAAAAAAGAAGACUUGUGUAACCAUAGUGGCAAAGAAACUUGGUUUUCACUACAGCCUAUUGACUCCAAUUCAGAGGUUCAGGGUAAAGUUCACCUUGAAUUAAAGCUGAAUGAACUGAUAACGGAGAAUGGAACUGUGUGCCAGCAGCUCGUUGUACACAUCAAGGCAUGCCACGGGUUACCUCUCAUAAAUGGACAAAGCUGUGAUCCUUACGCAACAGUUUCACUAGUGGGUCCUUCUAGGAAUGACCAGAAGAAGACGAAAGUGAAGAAGAAAACAAGCAAUCCACAGUUUAAUGAAGUCUUUUACUUUGAGGUAACCAGAUCCAGUAGUUACACCAAAAAAUCCCAGUUCCAGGUAGAAGAGGAGGACAUUGAAAAGCUAGAAAUUAGAAUCGACUUGUGGAAUAAUGGAAACCUGGUCCAAGAUGUUUUCCUGGGUGAGAUUAAGGUUCCUGUGAAUGUGUUAAGAAAUGACUCUUCUCAUCAAGCCUGGUACUUGCUACAGCCGAGGGACAAUGGGAACAAGUCAUCUAAAAUGGAUGAUCUGGGAUCUCUUCGAUUAAAUAUAUGUUACUCAGAAGAUUAUGUGCUUCCUUCAGAGUACUAUGGUCCUUUGAAAACUUUGCUGCUAAAAUCACCGGAUGUUCAGCCAAUAUCUGCCUCAGCUGCUUACAUUUUGGGCGAAAUAUGUCGAGAUAAAAAUGAUGCUGUUUUGCCCCUUGUACGACUGCUGCUGCACCAUGAUAAACUUGUUCCUUUCGUCGCUGCAGUGGCUGAAUUAGACUUGAAGGAUACCCAAGAUGCAAACACAAUCUUCAGAGGAAAUUCCCUGGCUACCCGAUGUCUGGACGAGAUGAUGAAAAUAGUGGGAGGGCACUACCUGAAAGUAACAUUAAAAUCUAUUCUAGAUGAGAUAUGUGAAUCCUCAAAAUCUUGUGAAAUUGAUCCUAUUAAAUUGAAAGAAGGCGAUAAUGUAGAAAAUAAUAAGGAGAAUCUGCACUACUAUGUGGACAAGUUAUUCAAUACAAUUGUGAAGUCAAGUAUGAGCUGCCCCACUGUCAUGUGUGAUAUCUUUUAUUCUUUAAGGCAGAUGGCUACUCAGAGAUUCCCAAACGACCCUCAUGUUCAGUACUCUGCAGUGAGCAGCUUUGUAUUCCUUCGUUUCUUUGCUGUAGCCGUAGUAUCACCUCAUACUUUUCAUUUGCGACCUCAUCAUCCAGAUGCACAGACAAUUAGGACCUUAACUCUCAUCUCAAAAACCAUUCAAACUUUGGGAAGCUGGGGCAGCCUGUCGAAAAGCAAAUCAAGUUUCAAAGAGACAUUCAUGUGUGAAUUUUUCAAAAUGUUUCAAGAAGAAGGAUACAUUAUAGCAGUUAAAAAGUUCUUGGAUGAGAUUUCAUCUACUGAAACUAAAGAGUCCAGUGGAACAAGUGAACCUGUGCACCUGAAAGAAGGUGAGAUGUUUAAAAGAGCUCAAGGAAGAACUCGAAUUGGAAAAAAGAAUUUCAAGAAACGGUGGUUCUGCUUAACAAGCAGAGAGCUCACCUACCACAAACAGCCAGGCAAAGAUGCAAUUUAUACAAUUCCAGUAAAAAACAUUCUUGCUGUGGAAAAAUUAGAAGAGAGUUCUUUCAACAAGAAAAAUAUGUUCCAAGUAAUACAUACAGAGAAACCACUCUACGUCCAGGCCAAUAAUUGUGUGGAAGCUAAUGAAUGGAUAGACGUACUUUGCAGGGUGAGCCGAUGCAAUCAGAACAGACUUAGUUCCUUUCAUCCUUCUGCAUAUCUCAAUGGACUCUGGCUCUGCUGUCAGGAGACUAGUGAAAACACUCCGGGCUGCAAGCCGUGUACUGCAGGCAUCCCUGCAGACAUCCAAAUAGAUAUUGAUGAAGACAGAGAAGCAGAAAGAAUUUAUUCCCUGUUUAGCCUCAGUUUGCCAAAACUGCAGAAAAUGGAAGAGGCUUGUGGAACUAUAGCUGUCUAUCAAGGGCCACAGAAAGAGCCCGAUGAUUAUUCUAACUUUGUAAUUGAGGAUUCUGUAACAACUUUUAAGACAAUUCAACAAAUAAAAAGCAUCAUAGAGAAGCUGGAUGAACCUCAUGAAACAUACAGGAAGAAAAGAUCAAGUAGUGCAAAAUAUGGGAGCAAGGAAAAUCCAAUUAUUGGGAAAACCUCUUAAGAGUUUGACCAAUUGAUGCGGAAGAACUGGAAAAUACUCUUUUUUUCUUGGAGCUUCUCAGUUCAUCGUGUAUUUUGUUCAUAGUAUUUAAGAAUGAACAUUAGCUUCGGUGUCACCUGCGUUCACAUUAUAUUUAAUAUUUAAUGAUUGAAAUUAACUGUUUGGAAAUCCUGGUUUUAACGUAUUAUUAGAGAAUUUGCAAUCCAAGAUUUCCUUCAUAUCGUGUGUGUCCAAAUUCAUAUUUCUGCAACUUCUUAAUAGAAUCUUCCUAAAGAAGUUUCUUAAAGAAGCUUUUUAACAAAGGGAGCACUUCUCCAUAGCAAGAAACCAUCUCUUCUUGUAACACUGUUCUGUGGACUUCUUUUCACUACCAUUAGUGCCUGCUCUAUACUGCCAACUUGUAUUUUACUAGAAAAUUCCAAUCCACGUCAAUUCAGAGCUUCCCAUUAGUUGACCUGAAACCUCCAUCUUUUAUAGAAGAGAAGAAAAUUCUUUUUCUCCUUUGGUCCAUUCAUCAUUACAGGUUACGUUAGAGACAGAACAGAAACUAGAAAACUGCCAGAGCACCCUUGAAAGUGGUAGAUCCUUUUGCUUCCCAAAAGAUGUCAGCAGAACUCAGGAGGAAUCAGGGAACAUGUGCUAUGGCGUGCAUCAUGUUUACAUUUGGGGUGAGUGAUAGCAGGUGAAAGAAAAGGAAACCACUGAAAUGUUUUCAUUGUUUUAAAUAUCAGGUACUCAUUUUUUUAUUUGAGAUUUCAAAUUAACAUGACUUCUGAGGAGCUCUCUUCUGAACAAGAAGAGAAAGUAAACGGUGAAAGAAGGUGGCGGGGAGAUCGCCUGACCUCACUGCUCCUUCGUGUCAGAAUAAGGGCACCGUCAGGACGCCCUCCUCAUAGUGUUAGGUGGGGAUCUAACUCAAGAAGAGUCACUCAGCGCACUUUAACAAUCUGGCCUCCUCCAGAUUAUACUUUAGAUACUCCGUGUAUCUAUCUUUAUGAUCAGUUGAAUGAUCAACAUGUAAAUCUAGAAAUAGUGCUUUCCUGAAAAUGUUUCUAUUUCUUUGCUAUUUCCAUAUUGCCCGCUAGCCAAAUGGAAUUUGGUUUGAAUCUUAUUUUUCCUUAAUUUACUUUUAUCCUAAAAUCCAUAACUGUAAAUAAGCAGUCGAAGCAAGUUGCCACCCUGAAGAGGAGGAAUAUACUUUGCUUCAUCAGUAUUAAAAAUUGUGGUACUCUUUAUUCUGUCUUUUUUAAUUCAGAACAUUUUCUAAAUGUGGUACCUUGAACCUUGGAGUAUGUUCCUGUUUAAAACUGUGACUUAUUAAUGUAAGUCUAGCUAGAAGUGCUUUUUUUUGUAUCCCUGAGCAUAAGCUAUCUUUCACAAUAUAUUUGCCAAUUAUAUUAUUGGUGGAUAUUUUUAAAUCGUAUUGUUAUUAGGUCAUUAUUUUUGAAGACCAUUGGGACACAAUCAAUUUUCCAUCAGUGAUCAUAACUGAACAAUGUGUUUCUCUAUGUGACUUGCAAAGAUCAAUUGGUUAUGUUUAAGAAUCAGUACUGUUUUGCAUUAUGAUAGGUUAUUAUUCCUGGCUCAUACUAAAGUUUGGAAGAACCCUUUUAAUUUUAUGAACUUAUAGGUUCCACGGACUAUACUAAUUUAUAUAUGUGAAAGAAUUUAGCCAUUUAGUAAACCUCUCAUGAAUUUCAUUCAGAUGAAAAUUCCUUUUUAAGAUUCUCUAAAAUGUCUGCCCGUAGAAGGACACAUGAGCACUGCCAUGUGUCCCUAAUACUGGUUGGUGGUUCCUUCAUCUCCUGCUGCAUUUUUGUUUGGGAGAGUUAAAUUUGCUGGGGAGGAAGGCAGAAGAAAUACGCUUCUGACCUUUCUAAUAUCAAAUCCCUAGUUAUGAUUACUUUCAAAGACCCCAGCAUACUCAAAGGGAACCACUGCUGUCCCUGUACAUAACAAUGGCUCUGAAGGAAAAGUCCGGUCAUCUGGCUGUUUUCCUCACACACAUAUUUGAAUGAAUAGUUUGAGUGAAAUUAAUCAGUUUGGCACAGCCUAAAAAGAAAAAUACGAAAUUACAUUUUCUUUGAAAACGUUUUGCAAUAAGCACCCGUGUCAGUAGGACCAUAAGGCAGCCACAGACCUUGCUUCCAGAGGCCUCCUUCCUCUGCUGCUGCUCAUGAGUACUUGGAGGUUUGCUGUACCUGAUCUGCUUUCUCUCCCUUUCCCACAAGUUUUUUUUCAAAGUACAUGGCAGCUUACUUCUCCCCGCUAAACUUGGAAACCACAGGGAGGACAGAAAAGGGUACGGGAGAACUCUCGCUGUAAACACCAGUUCUGACUCUUAGUUUAGCCGUUUCCAUUAGUUGAAAUUAUGAUGAUUUGUACCUUGUUUUGUUUUUGUUUAGCUUUGUUUUUUAGUAUUCAUUUGAUAAGAUAAUGGGCAGUAGCAGAGGUUUGUACUCCCGGGAAUAUAACUUUAUCAAGUCAAACUAUUUUAUUUGCCAAAGAAGCAUAUUUUUAAUAUCACAGGUAAUGGUUAUGUGUCAAAACUAGGCUCUUUUUGUUCUACAAAAAAAAUAUAUAUAUAUAUAUGGACAGAUGAUGUGGCUUUUGUUUCAUUUUCUGAAGCCUGGUUUCAUUCUUUACUAGAAAAGCUCUUUCAUGCCAGGUUUUGAAAAACAGAUUGUUUUUUUUAAAGUGAAAGCACCUUUAAUUUGCUCUAACGGUACCUCCUGUAAAGACAGUUGUGCAUAGCCUUUUAGGUGUCCUUACAGUAUGUGAAAAAUACAAGACUCAUUCUAGAGUUAAAUUACCAAUCUUAAUUGAUGUUACCUGCUUCCAUUUUUAACUUGGAAAUUAAUAUGUUGCUAGUAAAUAUUGGUUUUUACAAGUGUCCAGUUUGAAAAUGUAAGUUAUCAAACUUAAUAUAGUGAAUUUGUGUAACCAUGUUGUAUUGUUGAGAAUGUAUUUUUAUUUAAAUUUUAUUUUCUUAUCAAGAGUAUUAUAAAAUUAAAAUCUUUUGUAACUGUCGCUUGAAAAUAACUCAAAUAAAUUACAAGAAGCCUGUCUUUUC